CAGGGCGCAUGCUCAGUCCGUGCCGCGAGGCGACAUGGCGGCGCCCAGCUCGGAGCGGCCGGGGAGAAGCGGGCGGAUCCUGCUGGUGCGGCACCUCCCCGCCUCGCUGACGGCUUCGGAGAAGGAGAGCUUGCUGAGGCACUUCGGGGCCGCUUCCGUGCGGGUCCUGUCCGACCGCGGGAGGCUGGUAGGGAAGGCGCGGCCGGGGCGGGCGGCCGGGGCGUGAAAUGCUGCCCUCGGGGGGCUUCUGCCGCCUGAGGCAGCCGCGGUGCCAGAGCCGCCUCUGGCGUUAGGCAGACGGAGGCAGCUGCCUCGGGCGGCAGAAGAAGCUUCUAAGGUUGCAGAACCGGUGCCUAAGCUAAACAAGCUCAGAGGUCAGCAGGGGGCCGGUCCACUGUCCCUCAGACCUUGUGGGGGGCCAGACUAUAUUGGGGGGGGGGAGAAUGAACGAAUUCCUGUGCCCCACAAAUAACCCAGAGAUGGAUUUUAAAUAAAAGCACACGUUCUACUCAUGUAAAAACACCAGGCAGGCCCCACAAAUAACCCAGAGAUACAUUUUAAAUAAUAGGACACAUUCUACUCAGGUAAAAACACGCUGAUUCCCAGACCAUCCCUGGGCCAGAUUUAGAAGGCGAUUGGGCAGGAUCCAGCCCCCGGGCCUUAGUUUGCCUACCCAUGAGCUUAGGGCCCCACUCUCUUGUGCCUCCCCCCUAUACUUCUUCUUAAUUGUAUUUCAAUUCAACAAUUACGUUGACAAAAGACAUAUUUUGUUAUGUGCAAAUGGCUUUAGAUACCAUAAAUUACCAUAUAGCAUAUAUUCAACGCAAAAAAACAGCGACAAUUUGUUGUUGACAAAGGACAGCUGGACAUAUUAAGGCCCCCAUUACCUUCAGUAGCUCAGGGCCUCAUCAAACCUAAAUCCAGCCCCUGGGCAGAAGCAGUUUCGGCUGGAGCUGCGCAUGACCUUGCGAGCAUGCCCUGAGACCCCUGGGUAUAGGGCGUUAUAUAAAUUCAAUUAAUGAUAACAAUAAUCUCGCCCGGAUUCGCCGCUUCUCUACCAGAAUGUGGCAGGUGGAGAACCAGGGGCAGGAAGGUCAGGGCAAGGUGGCGCUUCUUGUUUUGCCUUAAGCCUUGAUAGGAAUACACCUCCUAUGCCACCCAGUGAGGUCCGGCUGGUGUCUUCACCAUCCACCUUUAGGCACCAGGCGAAAGCAUUCCUCUCCAACAAGGCUUUUGGCUGAUUGACAUCUGAUGCCCUUUUAAAAUGUGUUCUGAAAGCGGGGCAGUCGGGGAUUAUGGGGUUGUUUUUGUUUUUAUUGCAUGUUUUCUGUUUUGUUUUGUUUUUAUAUUGUGAUCUGUGCCAGAUUGGCAUAUAAGCUAAACAAGCUAUAGUUUAGGGCCUCACUGUCUUAGGGGCCCCCAAAAAAUGUAAAUGAAAAAAACCCCUGGAUGUACAUUUCCAAAAUGUAAGAUAAAAAACAAAUAAAAUAAAACCUACAAACAGCAACAGUGUUGUGUAGGCUCUGAUGAUGUAAGUAAUGGGCCCCACCUGCUCCCUAAAAUAUCACUGGUUUGCUCAUUUCUAUAUAUAGGUGCCUACAUUCUGCAUGGACUGGUUGCUUGGCAACUUAUGCAAAUGUCUUUAGAUACCUAUUAGGUCCAUAAAUUACCAUAUAGCAUAAUUUCAUCACAAAAAAGCGACAAUUUGUUGUUGAGAAAGGACAGCUGGACAUAUAAGAGGCCCCAUUACCUUCAGUAGCUUAGGUCCUCAUAAAACCUAAAUCUGGCCCUGAUUGUGAUGUUAACAUUGAGAAGGGCCCUGAAAUCUGUGGUUAUAGGGCAGCGCACAUAUUUAAUAAUUAAUAAAUAAUACUAACACAUUUGUUUGUAUGUGUGUAUGGAUAGGUAGAUAGAUAGAUGGAUAUACAUGCACACUUUGACCAUUUGUUAACAUCUGGCACAUGUAUUUAUUGAAUCAAAUUAUAGACCACUUGCUUUAAAAUAAUACAGUAAUAAUAAUAAUAAUCUCAAAGUGUGUGAUAAGAGUUAAAACUAAAAUGCAAUGGCCAGUGUGGCGUUGCACACUAAACCAAAUGUUGGGUUAGUGCAGCGGCAGAAAGGACCAGAGAGGAGUAAAGUGUCUGGGAGCUUCUCUUUUGGAGCCUGCUCACAAAGCCAAGUUUCUUCUAUUUUCGUGCCUGCUUAUAUUAAGAGUGCCAUGCAAAGCGGCUCAAGAUAUAUCUACAAAUGUCUAUGAGUAACCUCUACUCAGAAUGCAGAGCAGCGUAAAGUGGCAAUCAGGUAUUUACUGAAAACUAGGAAACUGGUUAAAUAGGGGAUUCGGAGCUGGUUAGAAAACUGGACUCAUUCCACAUCUUAGACUCUCUUUCUUGGUGUUCCGGUUUUAACAAGGGGAGGAGAAAGAAAGAUGGUUGCCCUUCCUGCUUUGCUUUUAGGUGCAGCCACAUUCACGUUUAAAAAUUCUGCAAUACCUUGGAUAAUUUGUGUGUUAAUGUUCUCUCUGCUUAUAUUGGAAAAUCAAUGUUUGGCAUGUUCUUUCCCCCACUCAGAAACACACUGCUUUUGCUACUUUUCCGAACGAAAAUGCAGCUACUCAGGUGUGUAUUUGAGACCAUUACAGAUCUUCUUUCUUUUAUUUCUUUAUUUCUUUUCUGCUGUAGUGUUCUAUGGCUGUAGGUCAAGAUGUUUGCCUUUCAAUACAGAAACAAAGUGCUGAAGAUAAGUCUAAGGCUGCAGUCUUAACCCUGCUUACCUGGGGAGUAAACCCCAUUGAUUUCGAUGAGAUUUAUUUCUGAGGAUUGGGUUGUAAGGCUGUGGUUGUUUGCAUAUCUACUUAGAAUAAACUCCAUUAAGAUUGGAGGGAGGACUUGCAUUAGAGCAUUCAUGCCUGGAUAAGUUUCCUCCAAAAUGCUUUAGAUAAUUAUAUGUUUAGGUGUUGUUAGAAAACAGCAAGGACACUUUAGCAAAUGAAUAUUAACUGUUAGCAUAAAGGCAACAGUGUAUGGUACUGAUGACUGUGUGUACAUAUUAGAUGCUAAUAUUAAAACAGGUCUGCUUAACUUGUAAAUGUGCAAAUGCAGGCUACCCGCUAAGUGUUCAAGACUGUAGAGCAGGCUUCCUCAACCUCGGCCCUCCAGAUAUUUUGCGACUACAGUUCCCAUCAUCCCUGACCACCGGUCCUGCUAGCUAGGGAUCAUGGCAGUUGUAGGCCAAAAACAUCUAGAGGGCCCAGUCUGAGGAAGCCUGCUGUAGAGAAACAGAAAAUAUAUUGAGUUGCUUAGCUUUAUAUUUUACAGCUCUUUCUGUAUUAAGAUGACAGACAUUCUGUUGUCAUCUUAACUUUGCCUCUCCUAACUUCUAUCGUCUAUCUAACUUAAAAGUGUAAAAUCCUUGGAGUAGGAAAUUUAUAAAAGAUAUGCAUAAGAUAUUUAUAAGUAACUUACAUUAUCGGAACAGAAGUAUAAGUUUCAGUGCCCAGUUCAAGAACUGGCAAGAAAGCAAUUAAAUCCCAUAGUCAUUAACAGUGCAAUUUUCUGCAUGUGUAGCAAGACUUUUCUGCAAUGAGAAGUAAUUCUCACUGAUUUUCAGCAUGCCUUUCUCGCUGGUAAGUUGGUAUAAAAUUGUAGGCAACGUUCGGGACAUUAUCCAUUUUGGUCAUUAAGAGGGAUUAAAUGGAAAGGUAUUGCUCUUCCCCCAAACAAACUUUCUAUCCGUGUUACUUAGUUUUUAGGCAAAGUAAAUUGCAAGAGGGGAGAAGAAAGGAAUAAACCGAGAAGUUGAUGGGUCAGAGUGCAUUUUAAAUGUUAGUUGAUUUAACUGUAUGUUGUGUUCAAUUGAAGGCUUUAUCGAGAUUGCAUCAGCUGAACCUUCUAGGCCACACUCUGGUAGUUGAAUAUGCAAAGGACCAAGACAGUGUUUGUGCACUUAGCCAAUCUUCUGAAAGCGAGAAGGACAAAAGGUAUGUAGAUGCUUCUGUAUUUUCAAAUUCAGUGGGCUUAUAAAAUAUUUCUAAGAUUCUUGAAAGUAUUUUCCAAAAACUCCUUCAAACAUUGCUGUGGUGGAUCCAGGAGGAUCCAGGUUGUUUCUUCAGAUCCCAUUGUAUUAAUACUGUAGAUCUGAAGUGCAAGAAGUAAGUACUAGUGAAUACAGUAGGACUUCCAAGUAAGUGGGGUUCGGAUUACAGCCUUAUUUAGGCUAGGUUCCUGUGGUUACAUAGCAGAUAUGCUUUUCCACUCCAUUUUUACUGUGUGACCAUCAUACUGGGGAGAUCUUGACACAUUCAAAGAUAAAUUUUGGUCAGAUUGUCUAGGACUGGGACUGGAGAAGUUAGGAGUUCUGACACAAAGACAAUUCUGUUUGAUUUUUUUUUUCACUGAGCAAACAUAGGAAGGGAAGAGAACUGAGCAGAAUCAAAAAUUCAGAUUUUUACAUAUAUGGUUCAUCUUAUUCACCACCUUUAUUGGAAUAUAAAUUACGGCUACCUCACAGAAUUCAACAACUGAACAAAAUAGAUUUGAGUGGGGAUUCAUAUUUAUGAGCCAAAAUUGGAGUUAUGACUUCAUAGAAACUGCCAUAUCUAGUCAUUUAUAUUGUGUUAUGUUUACCCCUAUUACUAUUGUCCUUCAUUUGGUAUUUUUUUCGAAAUAGACGUUGCACAAGUAAAGAAUGAACAACAACAAAUUUUCUUGGCGACUUUUUUUUAAUGCACUUUGUGUCCAAACACAGUGGCGUUCAUUUACAGUUAGGGUUAUUUCAACAUACCGCAUAAUGUAGUAGAUUGCUCUUGUGUGUGUUUUAGCCUUGAAGAACCAGUGAAAGAAGAGAAAGAACAGAAAGAUCUAGGCUGCCUCAAGAUAGAAAGUGGAAUUGCUCCUAGCCAUGGGUUAGUACUUGAGUUCUGAUUUUGUAUACAAAAAUUGUUGUUGAAUCCUAGCCUUUAAACCAUUUGUGAACAUGUUUAGGCAAACAUAUGAGAGACCAGUAAUAUUUUCUUAGCUUGGUUUCCAAGAAUAAAUCACAUCCUCUCUGUUCCUACAAUUAUAUCACUACCCUUUUCUUAGUACGUUUUUUUUCCUGCUUCUGAUUAAAACAGAAGUAGCUAACCUGCAGUUUGUCAGAUGCUGUUUACCUUCAACUCCCAUUGGCCCCAGUCAGUAAGCAAUAGUUCAGAGUCCAGCAACAUUGGGAGAACCAAUGUUAGAUACUUGCAUGGAUGUGGAACUUUCAGUAGAUGUGAUAAGCAACAGAGCAGAUUUGUGUGCUAAAAAGAUUGCCACACUUAGUUUUCUGAGGGCUCCACAAACCUCUGUCUGCAGAUAUUUGUUGCCUGUCACUAUUAUUGCAUAUGGAUUGGUAUUUAAGAGCUACUACGAGUGUGUAGCAGCUUGCUCACACACAUUUUUUCCUACUGUGUAUUUGCAUUGAGUAAGGGUUAGGCCAGGUGACCUCCCAGUUCUAUGAUCAACAUGCUUUUGAAAUUCCCUUUAGUUUCAAAUGUCUCCUGUAGUGUUGGGAGCUGCUGUUCAACAAAGAGAAGCAUUACAAUCCCGUGGUUGGUAAAUAUUUUUAUUAAUCCCUGGAUAUCAUGGAAUCAGUCUCUCAUGUUUCAGAAUUGCUGGUAUGUGAGCUAGGGGUUUCUUUGUUUGGUGCUUUUAAACUCUAAAUAUUGAACUCUUCUGCAUAGUGAAGCUUUUUUUUUAAUAGGUUUGAAUUGUUUCUAAGGUUGGUUUGUUUCCCCUCACAGGUUAACUUUCCCUAUAAAUUCUUGCCUCAAAUAUCGAUACCCCCCGCCUUCCAGUACAAUCCUAGCCAACAUAGCAAAUGCCUUGGCAAGUGUGCCUAAGUUUUAUGUGCAGGUAAGUGUAGAUCCCCUUCCCCAACCUGAAUUCAAUACAUAAACCUUAUACUUAUUAGUAUGGUAUUGCCGAAUUGUUAUUUUAAGCAGCUGUAAAUUACUGACUAGGGCUUAUGUCCUGUAUCUGCUUCUUUGAAAUAAGCUCCAUUGAUCUCAGUGGGACUUGCUUUUGUAUAGGAUUCUGCUGUGAAUGUUGCAUCGCUCCACUCCUAUUUGAGUUUGUAGUGGCAUCAGUUAAUUUGAAAGUGACUGCAAAGGAGCUCACAAAGACUUUCAGUAUGAGUUAUUGGAUCACCUUUAGCAGUAAGAAUAUUUUUAGUAUGUUCUCAUAAGCACUGUUUUCAGCCAUCAAAGCUAUAAGCUAUGGUCUGAAGGUACCAUGCAGCUACCACCUUGCUCAAUAUAUGCAUGUCUAUCAGUGCCUGAAUGGAUUACUUGCUUUGGGAUUAUAUGUGUGCCAUCGUGGAUUCCAUGGCAGAAGUAGGUAGGAUAUGCAUGUUCAUUGCAGAAUCUAGGGGUGGUAUUCAGCUAAGUUUUACUCAGUGUCUUAAAUGACAAAUCACAUGGUUCUUUAAAAUUUCUUUCCGACCAUUUUUUAAAAACUGCAAACUUCUAGUCCAUAUUGUUAGAUGCUUGGAAGUAUGUAACCAGGUUUUCAAAUAUGUCCAAACUAGUUGAUAUUGUUUUACUGCCUAGGUCAAGAUUUUACACCUUUUCUGUUACAAUUGUUGUACAGAUAUCUCCCUGUAUUGCCAAAUUAUUUUAUCUCAGUAUCCCAUCUCCCUGUGAGAAAAAAGUCCUUAAAUAAAUCACAUUAGGUAGAUAUAUUAAAUCUAGUUCUGUCUGGCAAGCACAACUUAUUAUAACUUGUAGAAUUAUUCAUUUUUUAUGGUUCCAGAAUUUUAUGUCAUGUAUUCUACUCACUAUUGAUGCAGAGUAGAACUCCAAAGUAUAGUUAGCAGAGUAAAAACUUAAAUACAUUGCAAGAUUCCCAAAAAAUAGACCAGAGGCAUUUCAUCCAGCAGAACUUUACUGCUACCAAAGGCAAAUGAGCAUAAUGGUCUAAUCUAAUCUAAUACAUUCAGGAUUGGCACUGUCCAUAAGAAAUCCAGUUGCAGCAGACUUCACUUAAACUUACAAUAACUUAUAAUAAGACUAAACCUUAACACUAAGCAUACUAUGUACAGAACACCACACCCAGGCUCCUUCUGGCCUCUUAUUAUAGUCAGCAUGACCUUGACAGAAAUCGAUAAGAGAACCAGGUUAAGCCAGCUGUAUGCAGCUUCUCUGAAGGAAUAACCCAAACAUCAUGAACCUUCUGCUUGUUUCUUUCACACAAACAAGCUUCCAGAACCCUCUUGAAUUAAUUAGAAUAGGAAAGAGCUCUACACAUCAGAUCAAUACUUUCUGUACUAAGAAAUGCAAAGUGACAUUUUAAUCUUCAGAUGAAACAUUUCCUGCCCAUUAGCUAUGGCAAAUAUAAAACCAUUAUAAAAUGCGCAACAAGUUUGGUUUAUGUGGGAUACUUGAACGGUUGUGGCAAGGAUAAUAUUCGUCCCAUGACAAUUAAUGUUUACUCAAUUAAUGUUUACUCAAGUAUUCAUCUUGGAGAAGAUGCUAAGUUGCUCUGGUUAUCUUUCAGGUUUUGCAUCUUAUGAACAAAAUGAAUCUUCCCCCUCCCUUUGGGCCAGUUACUCCUCGACCUCCUAUGGUACGAAACUGUUAUUACUUGAAGCACUGAAUAAAUGCAACAUUGUACAGUGGUACCUCGGGUUACAAACACUUUGGGUUACAGACUCCGCUAACCCAGAAGUAGUACCUCGCGUUAAGAACUUUACCUCAGGAUGAGAGCAGAAAUCGUGUGUCAGUGGCAAUGGGAGGCCCAUUAGCUAAAGUGGUACCUCAGGUUAAGAACGGUUUCAGGUUAAGAAUGGACCUUUGGAACAAAUUAAGUUUGUAACCAGAGGUACCACUGUAUUUAUAGUUUUAAGAUACCCCUUUCUUUAGCAUUUUUGGCUAGGAUGCAAGUAGGAGUGUGAACCUAGUGGCAUUUUUGGCUUUCCCCCCUUGAACAGCUGAUUAUCAUGCCAUAUCAAACUACUUUUGCAACUCCUCAGUUAGAAGUGUCACUCCAUCUUUGGGUCCUGUUCUUCAUUAUCAGGUGGACCAUAAAAGGUGUGCUUUGAAAAAUAUAAUGGGAAUUUCCUAUCAUUACUGAAAUAUAAGUUCAACAUAUUGAGUUGUAUAUUGACUCUUCUCAGAAGAAGAAGAAGAGAUGCAAUUGAUGUAGUCAAACUCUGUACUCGAGAUCUGCUAAAGCAUAUUGCCCAUCCCUCACAACAGCUGAAUCUGCACUUUACAUUGUGGUUGCCCCACGUUCUGUUGGUACAAUGGUGGGAUAAAUUGUACCAUAAAUAUUCUUAACCUUGUUCUUUCCUCAGUCUCCACUCUUGACCUAUAUUUCCUGGGUGUGCUGCAGGAGUGAUGCAGUAGCUAUGGCCUUUUGUCCAAACCCUUUCUUAUCACUGCCCACAAGAGGGUAUGUGAUAAUCUAAUGUCAAAAACUAGACUGUGGUGCAGAACACUUGCUUGUUGAGUACUGUAUAUAUUCUCUCUCUCUCUCUCUCUCUCUCUCUCUCUCACACACACACACACACACACACACACACACUUGCAUUUGAACUGUUAACAACUGAAAUACCAAAAAGGUUGUACAUUUUAUUCUUCCUUUAGUAUGAAGAGUAUAUCCCUUUACCCCCUCCCAUUCCUCCUCUGCCUCCUGAGGAACCUCCUUUGCCUGAAGAGGAGGACAGUCAGGACUCGAGCAAAGAUGAAUCUGAGUAUGAAAGUGCUGAUGAAGAGGAAAAAGAAAGGUUAGUGAUAUUUUGUAGCCUGCUACUCCCUGCGUAAAAGUUGGUGUCCUUGUUUUUCUCUGCCUGCAAAGAGUUAGUGAUAUUUUGCAGUCGAAGAAGAUGAAGCAGCCGCCACCCACCUGACUGGGUUUCCACAGCCACUCUGGGUGGCUCCCAACAAAAUAAAACUGUAAAAGUUAGCAAAUAGUUAAACUAUGGGAUUGGAACCCAUAGUUUAGGAAUUACCUGUGCCUUAGUAAUCAAUGUCUCUGUCUCUGUCUCUUUCUCUCUUGAAUACAUAGCAGUAACAUAGAAGCCCACUUUAGUACCAACUAGAUUUCUUUUAACAAGCAGUAAAUAUGUUUUCAACUAAUUUUAAACCUUGCUAAAAGUAUUUCAAAAGUAUAUUUUAACCAUAAUUGAGUAUCAAGGUAGGGUUGUUGUUUUGUUUUGUUUUGUUUUGUUUUUUUAAAAUACUCUUUUCUUAAAAUAGUGCAUUUUGUGUGGUGCUUCCGGCAAAUAGUUACAUCUCGUAUCCAUUAAAUAUAUAUCCCCAAAGCUUUUGGCCUUGCCCUUGAAGACCUAUAGAGCAUGGAAUCAACUGAUGUAAUUCAAAGAAAUGAAUAGGUAGGGAAAGCAUACCUCAGCCUUAACUUGAUAGGGGUUAAUUUGGUCUGUAGACCCUGCAAAAUUGAUCUCAAUUUCAGAUGCCCCCUUCUUCCCAUCCCUUUCUUAUAGCAAGUUUAGAUCUGAGAAAUAGCCUCUUCCCUUCGUGUGUGGUGAGGUUUGAGCUUCAGUGGACUUCAUCAGCACAUGAUCUUUUAGAGAAAGUGAAACCAAAGAAGACAGCUGCUCUGGCUGCUCCUUCUCUUUCAUUUACCAGACUCUUCUUAGGGCAGUGGUGUGUGUUUCCCAAUCAGUUCUCCCCAGUUCUCCGUCUACCAGGGUUCAGAGUGGAAGAAAUGGCAGAGUAGUCAACAUCAGCUUGUCUGCAGCAGGCAUCUACUAAAUAGAGUCUUCUUUUAAAAGCCAAGCUCUAAAACCCUGAGGGUGGGAGGUUUGUUUAAUUGAUAGGUUUAACUAUCCCCCCCAUAUUUUCUGUGGAAAUACCUUUUUUCCAAUAAAGUAUUCAAUAUGUUAAUAAUUCAGAUUUACAAAGCUGAUGGAAUUGGCAACCCUCCAACCCAAACGACGGAUCCCAACAAAGCCGCACCGUACGAGAAAAAGGAGAAAGAUCAAAGACUUAUUAAAUGUCUCCCAGCUUGCUUCCCACAGGUAUGGAUAUAUGAGUAUUGAAUGUGGAUCAUUGCUAUGUAAGGAGUACAUAGAUAUCUUGAGAAAUUACCUGACUGAACUGUCAGAAAUAUUCAGCAAGUAAAAAUAUAGAUUGUCCAGCGGUGUGAUUGUAUAUAGCACUAUAUUGUAAGAAAAAAACAGUAUUACCAGAAUAUUGCUUGCUACUCUUACCUGUAACGUGCUUAGCAACCCUUUUUGCAAUCCCUUUAAAGAAAUGUAAAAUCAUUAAGGAGUAAACAAUUCUGUGCAUAAUCUUUCUUGUAAAGAAGCUUUAAACGAAGUUUUAUGAUGUCUUUUUGAACAGCAAUUUGCACCCAGCCUUGUCGCCUUCGGAUGUGUUUGAGCAGCCACACCCUGUAGGUCUCAAAAAAAUUGAAUUUCACAUAUCUUCAGAGAGCCCUGGCAUUCUUCAGAAAAGCUUGGCGGAGCAGCAUAACAAUGGUAUGCUGUGUGUGUCAACUAAAACGUGUUUAUAUGUACAUGGAUUGUAGCACAUUAUCUUGUAUUUAAUUUGGUUGAGGUCACUUGUGUCUCAGGAUCAUGUCCCAACUAAACCUUCUCUGUGUUUAAUUGUCUUAGACAUCUAUGCAGCCAUUGAUGAAAUAUCUGGUGAAGGGUUUGGAAAAAUCUUACCUGCUCUCCGUUCCAGUCAUAAAGAAGAGACAGAAGAGGAAGAAGAAGACGACGAAAUACCUUCGGAAUUUGUUUCUAAAAGAGAGCUAGAAAAAGGCAGAGUCUCCCAUAAAGGUGAUUUUAUUACCAUUAAUGUAUUUUUAUGACACGCAAUGAGGAUGUUGCUUUAUUUAAAUGUGAUGAGCUUGUUUGGCUAUAUUGCUUAGUUGAUUUGGGUUUUUUCACAUCAAAUAUACAUUCUGUUGAGAAUCAGUUUUAAUUAUUUAAUUAAGCCUAUUUUCUAGAACGGAGAUUACAGCUGUAUAUUUUUCUUCCUGUGCUCAAGAAAUGGAAACUCUUGCUGUCUUCAGAAAUUAUGAGCCUGGUGAGCCAAAUUGUAGAAUUUACGUGAAGAAUCUGUCUAAACAAGUUCAAGAAAGGGUAAGUGGGAAUUGAGCAGAAAGUGUUUGGUUCCUUCUGCAGAAGUAGCUAACUCUUCCUGCUCUGCUUUUAUUUAAAUCCCAGGAUUUGAAGUUUAUCUUUGGAAGAUACGUUGACUUUUCAUCAGAAACUGAACGUAUAAUGUAAGUGAUGGCUGGGUGACUUCUUCCGUAGGUUGAGCCGCUCUUGACUUGGUGAGCCAAAUGAUAUAUCCAUGAACUUGUAUGUUUCCACCUAUUUUCCAGUAGAGGAGUCCAGCACCCUUUUUAAUGAAAGACUAUAGUGAGGAUCAUAGAGGAUAAUGAAACAUUAGGAUUGAGAGCAGCAGGGUGGGCAUGGGGAGGGCCUAUACUACUUGUGACAAUAGAGAGAGAAGAAGCCACUGGGGUGUAGAAGGAGAGAGUCAAGUCAGAGAAAUGUGGCUGAGAAAGUGAGAUUGUGGGAAGGGAUAAAUUGUGCAGUGGAAAAAAAUAGGGCAUGGAGAAAGGAAUUAGGAGAAUUGGGAAGAUAGCUAAGGAUGUUGCAAAGGAGGGGUGUGGGAAAGAGAGUAGACUUGUACCAAGUGAGGAUGCUGUUCUUUUAAGAGAACUGUAAUUCUAUUACAGAAUGUUGUUCUAGUAACAGAACUGCAAUUUUAUUCCAUGGGUGCCACAGCUUGGGAAGCUGAAAUGUAUAGUGAUGUAUCAGAAGAUACCUGUUUUGUCAGAAUCGUGCAAGAACUUGAGCAGGCUGUUUGUACAGCAGGACUCUUCUGUAGUCCUAUUGACUGUUUCUAUAUGAACCGUGAGAACUACUGAAACAAAUCAUGUCUCCUUCCUUCAUCUGUCGCAAUAUGUACUGGGCAGCUGAAGCAUUUACGUCUUGCAAUUUAUCCUAGGUUCGAUAUACGCUUAAUGAAAGAAGGCCGUAUGAAAGGACAAGCAUUUGUUGGGCUUCCCAAUGAAGGAGCAGCUGCAAAAGCUUUGAAAGAAGUCAAUGGAUAUGUUUUAUUUGACAAGCCUAUGGUGGUCGUAUCCUUUUCUUAAAAUAAAGAAAAGCUUUCCGUUUCAUUUUCAGUUAAAUAUUGGGCCUGCUUUUAGAAUCUUGCUUUUGGUAGGAAGGUUUCUUUGCAAAUUAUUUGUCCCCAUUUAAAUUGUAGGCAUACAGAAGACAUGGUUGUUGCAGCGCAGGUUAGAGGGAGGGGAGCGAACCAGCUAGCAGAGUCCUUCACUCAUUUGCCCUUUUCCUGUGUUCCUCAGUCCUCUCCACUGCCACCAAAGGAAUACACUUAUUUUCCUGGCUGCCUUCGCUAAAACAGCCCUCAAACGUUUGUCUCCUACGUAGUUCUCUGCAGCCAGCUUCUUGUACUUAGUUGAGUGGAACCCAGUGAAGUCAUGGAGUGAAAAUCAAGGCCAGGCACAGGCAAACUCUGCCCGUCCAGAUGUUUGGGACUACAAUUUCCAUCAUCCCCAGCUAACAGGACCAGUGGUCAGGGAUGAUGGGAAUUGUAGCCCCAAACAUCUGGAGGGUCAGAGUUUGCAUACGCCUGAUCAAGGCAAUCAAACCAUCCACAAAUUUUGUUUUUUGCUUUUAAAAAAUGGAAAACCAGUUAUUAAAACAGUUACUGGCCCAUUUUGCACAUGACAGUGAGCCAGGGCUGGUGAACCUGUUGGACUCCCAACGCACAUCAGCCUCAGCCAACAUGGCCAGUGGUCAGGAAUGAUGGGAGUCACAGUCCAGAAAUAGCUGGAGGGGCCACAGCUCCCACCUCCGUAGUAAGCCAUAGUCAGAAAUAAACCAUAGCUUAUCAUGAACAAAAGUGUACUAGUGCAUGCUGCUCAUUGUCUCCUGCUUCACAUACACCCCUCCAACUCCACCCACCACUCCAGUCUCUUCUCCAUUCCUCUUUCCGGCUCCACAAUGUCUUGGUUCUGGUUGCAUCAACACAGCAACAAUUAUUUUAACAUACAUCUUUCUCUGCAGCACUAAGAAGGCAAAGUGAGGUAGAUUUUUCUCCCAUCUCCAGCUGAGGUGGUCUAACAAGCUUUUUUAGUUUUAAUAAAUAGAGAUUAAGAAGUAUCGUAAUUUUGUGAUGCUUUUGUGUCCCAUAGUCUUUGUUUCUUGUAUCCCCCCCCCCACCGCUUAUAAAUUGUUCUUGUUAACGCUUGCCAUCAAGACUUUUAUUCCUUAAUAAAACCAAGCAAUUUGCUCGAUCUGCGAGACCAAAGCCGGAUCCCAAAGAGGAAAGGAGAAAAGAGAAGGGGAGAAGACCCUGAAGGUAAGUAAUCUCCCUUGUAUUCCAUUUUGCCCUCCUAACUUAAAACAAUGCAAAACACAGAGAGCAUGACUGCAUUGCAUCUGAACUGGUAAACCUGACUUAGACUUGACUUAGAAAACUAGGUGGUGAGAUGCGUUCCCUACUAGCCUCCUUCCUGAUGCGCCAGCUUUCGAUGUGCAACAGGAAUCUCCUUGUGUGAGCAACGUUCCAUCAAUGUGUCAUCGAAUUGGUACAAUCCAGACACAGGUUUGCUUUCCAGUGACAAACAGGCCUUGACCACAAACAGGAGCUGGUUUAAGAAAAGACUUCUAACUUCUGCUUGAUCAACACAGCAGCACGUUUUUUCUUUCUGGCUGAGAAUUUUUUAAAUAAAUAUAACUUUUUGCAUUCAUUGUGUCAUCAGUUAUAGAAUGUCAGAGUGCAAACGAAUUUGGCCUUUGGGCUCCUCUUCCACUGUUCUCCUAGAACUGUGAGGUCUCUGGCCCUUGAUCUAAGAUCAAGUUGUAUGGCUGCUACAAUCGCUUUGUUAUCAUUUAUGAUACUGCAUGUUUUAUGUUUGUAAACUGCCCCUAGGAUUUUGUUUCUUGAAGAUGCAAUAACUAACAGCAGGUGGCCCUAGACGCAGAUGCACAUUCAUUUUUAAAAAAGACACAUCUAGCCAGUCGAGUAUGCUUGUAGUAUUGCAAAUGACCAUCUGGAAGCAAAUCGGAGCGUUGGUUUUGAGUGUUUUCAUCCAUAGUUUCCAGUAAUCACAACGUUCGUUUUUGUUUACCAGCCUGAAUUGCUGAUGGUCAUAGACGGGGGGCCUAGCAAAUUGCAGGUUGAGCAUGCUGCUGAAGUUUGACCUUUAUAAAUAAAAUUGCAUUCUGUUGUGUUACUGGCUUCCAUAACCUUGUAUCCUUUGCUAAAAUGAUUGUAUAAUUUCCAUCAGUUGUUUGGCAAAAAUAGCUACAGAUGAAAAUAAUGUAUCCAUUGUAUUGCAGUGUCUUUUUAAAGAUGGAUAUUUCUUAUUGCUACGGUCCUGUAGCUUUGGUAGCCAGUCAGAAAUUGUGCUUGCCUUCCUCCUCCUGAAGGGGGAGGGACAGAUUUUCAACUCUGACUUUCUUUGCCUCUGCAUAACAGCAGAGGCAAGUUUCUGUCUCCUUCCAAGUUUGUCUCUCUCCAAGGAUCAGUGCAAGAUUGGGGGAAUUCCUCUUUUUCUCUCCUCCCCUGAUCUCACCAGAAUAGCAAAUGUGCAGCACAGUGCCAUAAGCAGGAGAUAGGCUCCACUGAAGGAAUACAAAUGUUACAAAAACCACUCUUUCCCGAUUGGUUUUUAUGCUUAAAAAAAGAGCAAAAGUAGCAGACAAAAGUUGUCUCAUGAUAAGUGGCCUCCUGAUGCAUCAUUUCCCAGAAAAUAUUUUUAACAGAUAUAUUUGUUAUGGCUGGGUAGCCAGCAGAAUUGUAGCGGGACCAUGCUAAUACAUUCUAGAGCUGGCUAACUUCUAGCAAAAACUACAUUGGAGACAGAAAUGCUUAGCUUUUGAACAUGGCAAAAAGCCAGAAUUCUGGUGCAUAUUCUGGCAUUGUACUGAUCAAAUAGUUAAUACUAUAUUCUUUGUAUUGGAUUCAGAGCUGUUCUCCCGAGUUCCUGGUGCAUUUGGUCUGAAGAUUUAAAAAUUGACCACUGUUUUAAAAUAGGUAGUCUAAAGAACGAAAGCUGUAACAGAGAAUAAAAGGAUUAAACCGCAUUCUGCUGUUCUUCUUUAGAAACAUUCCUGCCUAAAUACUGCAGUAAUACUGUGUCAUGCAAAGUGUAUCCUUUCUUGCUGUAUCCUUUUUUUGUAUAUAUACAUCUUUUUUUUUCUAGUAAAAGGUUUUGGUGUUCUCUUAGCAUUGCGCUAGGUGGUCAUCUAGCAAAUCUCUAGUAAUAGUUUGUUAUUUUACUAAACAUAGCCCCUGUUUGUUAACUUACCAGGGUACCCAUGGAAGUUUAUAGCCUUAAAAUGUACUUUUAAAAAAUUCCUCAUAUUAACAGUAGCGCAAUUUUGGGCUGCCAGGCCUUCAGCAAGUGUAAACCUCUCUGCUUACGUUGGUAGAGUUUUAAAUGCUGUUUACCAACUGAAGAUCUGGCCUCAACUCUAUAUUUUUAACCGUCUUCCAAUCUCAUGGUGUCCAGAGGAAAACAGCAACACCUCCAUAGCAAAUACAGUAUGCAUCUUUAGCUGCUUUUUUGUAAUCCUCCUUACUGGAUAGAGAGCAGCAAGUGAAGCAGUAUAAAUGGAGCAAACUAAAUUAUCUUCUGCUUAGUCUUUCUUGCUGCUUUCUAAUUUGUUCUCAGGCUAGCACAUUACAGUAAAAUACAGCUGUUCCAGAGACAGUUUUAGCCUUGGAUCCCUUAGAACUCAAAACCACAGCCCUGCAAAAGGAAAUGCUCUUUCCAUUUACAAGAGGGGUCUGCAUGGGUCCCAUCCUGAUGGGAUGUUGCUAACUUUUUUCCUGCAGCCAUCCCCUAUUGCAUUCCAUACUCUUGCUAAUGGUCCCCCAAAUCCCUGGAACAGCUUUUGCUGGCCGUAGGGUGUUUUUGAGGGAAGACGGAUUUGGUAAAAAUUCCCUCCCUCUUUGCCCAUAGCAGGAGCAGACUUUUGCUCACAAGCUCUCCACCUUAGUUUUUCUUAUUAUCCAAACUUUUCAGUCUUCUACUUUAGAAAUGUGUGUUUUCAAUGCACCUUUAAAUCGUUCCAGGUUCGUUUUGAGUUCCCUGUCUUUCAAGCUCUGGGAAGAAGAUGCACGGUCGGCCGAACUAUUCAACAGUGCGUAAAAGCAUUUAACAUGUUUUUAAAACACGACACAAAUGUUCUGCUAACCUUAGGUCUGUUGUGUGCUUUUAAACAAUGGAAGACCUUGCAGCAAGUCACAUAGUGGAUGUGGAAAAUGUUUCAAUUAAAGAUCUAAUAAAUUAUUCACUUUUGCAUUG